GACACUCUGAGCUAUUUAGUACGACUUCUUUAUUCUAUUGGUGGGCAAUGGGAGCUUCCCAGUACAACCAUAACCUUUUACUGGUGGCAGCUGGGAGUUGCCGGGUUCAACAACCGUCUUCUACUGGUGCACACUGAGAGUUGCCCAGUACAACUCCAGUCGUGUACUGGUGGGCACUGGGUGUAGACCAGGGCUGUUUGAGGCUGACCCAAAGUGACUUUAUGAGCUCAAAGAGGCAUUUUUUAUUAGAAACUUUAUUUCUAACUUGCAAGUUAAUCAAAAGCUUUCAGACAAGUCCAUCCAGAGUUUGUCUCAGUCUCUUUGUGAGCAGAACCAAUUAGGAAUGAUCAGUCUAUUAAUUGUUAAUUGUAAUAGUAAAAGUCUUCUGCCGUCGGGAGGGUUACGAGGUCAGCCCCAUCAGUAAAAAUAUAUGCAUUCUCCUUGUGUGUUGAACCUGACACAGCUGUUACCCACAAUAGCAUCAAAGGAAGGCUGUAACAAGAAACAAAACACCAACUCAUUUAGCCCAACCUUCAACUAAUUCUGUGGGACAGCCUUCUUCCCCGGAGUCCUUUCAGGGCCACCGAUUGGCUGCUGAGUGAGUGUUGUGGAGCAGGGAUUGGAGCACUGGUGGUGGGCUUGGAAUAGGACUGAACACAUCAUGAUGUCAUCUGUCUCUUCACAACAGAGUGUAACCUGACGACGUCCAAACAGCUGCUCUGAAUCAGGCCUGAUUGUUUGUGACCAGAUGUGUUUGUGUAUGUGCGUGCGUGUGUGUGCAUGUGUGUGUGUGUGCAUGCGUGCGUGGGUGCGUGUGUGCUUGUGUGUGUGUGUGGCAUGUGUGUGUGUGUGUGUGAGUGUAUGCAAAUUAGAUAUUUAUGCAUUGUAGGACAUCAUUCUCUGACCCACUGUGAUUUGUGUGUGUGUGUCUUUGUGUGUCUGUGUUGCAGUCGGACCAGCAGUAUGCUAUCAGCGUUGCUGAAAACCUCAAGCGCCUUUUUCCAGUGGAGAUCCAGGCUGGUCUACUGGAAGUCAUCUCUCCAUCGAUCCACUUCUACCCAGACUUCUCCCGCCUCAAGGAGUCCUUCGGAGAUCCUAAAGAGAGAGUCCGAUGGCGGACCAAGCAGAACCUGGACUACUGCUUCCUCAUGAUGUACGCCCAGACCAAAGGAACAUACUAUGUGCAGCUGGAGGAUGACAUCGUGGCCCGGCCCAACUACUUCACCACCAUGAAGAACUUUGCCCUCCAGCAGCCCCUGGAGGACUGGAUGAUCCUGGAGUUCUCCCAGCUGGGCUUCAUCGGUAAGAUGUUCAAGUCGAUAGACCUGUCGCUCAUCGUGGAGUUCAUGUUAAUGUUCUACAAAGACAAGCCCAUCGAUUGGCUGCUGGAUCACAUCAUGUGGGUCAAGGUGUGCAAUCCAGAGAAGGACGCGAAACAUUGUGACAGACAGAAGGCCAACCUGAGGAUUCGGUUCAAACCAUCUCUGUUCCAGCACGUAGGCACCCAUUCCUCCCUCGCUGGGAAGAUCCAGAAACUCAAGGACAAGGACUUUGGGAAGCAGACCCUCCACAAAGGCCACGCUAACCCGCUGGCGGAGGUGACCACCAGCCUGAAGACCUACCAGCACUUCACCCUGGAGAAGGCCUACCUGGGAGAGGACUUCUUCUGGGCCUUCACCCCUGUGGCCGGGGACUUCAUCCGCAUGCGCUUCUUCACCCCCGUCCGCAUCGAGAAAUAUUUCUUUCGGAGUGGGAAUAUUGAACAUCCGGGAGACAAACUCUACAACACGUCGGUGGAGGUGCUGCCAUUUGAUAACAUCCAAGGGGAGAAGGAGGCCUUAAGGGAGGGGACAGAGAAGAGUCCAAGGUACCAUAGAACAGAAGACGGCUUCAUCUGUAUCGGAAUGUUCCAGAACGGGAUCGCCGAAGGGGAGGUAGACCCCAGCUUUGGGCCCUUGGAGGCAUUCCGCCUCACGGUGCUGACGGACUCCCCAGUGUGGGUCAUCCUUAGUGAGAUCUUCAUCAGGAAAGCAGAGUGAACUCCUACCGUCGCCAACCCCAGCCGAUCUCCCCCAUCCCCAGACACCCUUCCGCUAUCCCCUCUUCCUUAGCAAUACCUCAAACAGCCACUGACCGUUCAGCAGCCGAGCAGAACGGAAGCCUUGAGAGGAGCUUGGACCCUCCCGGGACUCCGCCGACCGAGUGCCCUCGCCGGUGGUGCAAUAGCACACCCUGCUGGCUGGUUUUCGGCUCUGCCUCGAUCUAUGAAAAUCCUGGCAGAGGAAGAGGACGAAACGUUAUUAUUAUUGAGAAGGGGCUCUUCUCGUGACGCGCCUGGGAAAUGGAAGACACAGUACACACAAAGAUGAUUCUUAAGACUCUGUAUUUAGUACAAAUCUGUAUUUAUGUGUACAUAAGUUGUGCGUUGAAAACACUGGUUUAAUUGUCAAGCGGCCUGGGAUGAGAUAGCCCCGCCAUUUUUGAUAAUGCUUUAACAUUGAAGUCACUGCUUGGAAAUCAAAGAUGUUUUUGCAUCUUCACUGUCCUUACUCACCCUUUUCAUUGGGUGGGAAAAAAAGACCUGUCUGGAUCAUUCUACUCGACAUUAUCCCACCAGUAUAUUCAAGUAAUAACCACGUAUUUGGAAAUAUGCAUAUAAAUGGUCACGGUCACCUGAACAAUC